UUUCUCUUUUUAUUUUAGAAUAAGCACGUAUGGCGAAACUCGCGAGAGAGCCGUUUUUUGUGUUAUCGGCUGGUGAAACUCAAGUGAUGCAUGUUUCAUUCGCAGAGACGUCGUGCGAGUUGACAUCCGCGUAUAGUACAGGCUACUGGAGUGUCUGGGAUUUGAACGUGAUGCGAGAGCGACAGCGUGUAAUGGUGAGCGACGAUCCUUGCAUGUACUCACGCAAGCUAGCCGACAAUGAACUCGUUGCUUACUCGCGCCGUCAUGGCUUGACUGUGUGGGACGACCGAGGUUGUAGAAUUAUGGAAAUUCCAUCCUCGCAUUCGGGUUUCUGUCGACCCUCGGUGUUGAAAAAUCUCGCGUUCCUUCCGGCCUCAGAUUCGAGCGUCAAGUGUUACGACCUGAAAGCGCGAAGAACUUCAUGGAUUAAAGAUUGUCAGGACUUCGUGGCUAACAAACUCGGACUCAUCAUGUGUGUGGAGGCCUUCGCUUUGCCGGAUGAGUCAUGUAUGGUUUUUUGUGGAUUUGAGAGUGGAACCGUUAUUCUCCUUCGCGGAAGGAACAGUGAAGUUACUUUUGGAGGCUCAGUGAAUGUUUCUCAGGAAUCCAAUCCGUGUUUUUCUCUUGAUUAUGAUCCCGAACUUCGCCUGGGCGUGGCAGGUAGUUCAGACGCCGUCAUCAGAGCGUUCGAUACGUCUGAAGACUGUGAAAUUUUACCCGAGUGUGUGAAAAAAGUGAAACUUAAGUGUGCUGGUGUGAACUGUAUGAAACUCCGUUUUGUUGAACCGAAAAUGCUGGCGGUUAGUUGUUGGGAUUUCGGAGUGAGGAUUUUCGAUUGGAAAGCAGAAGGGAAGCUCCAUCCGGUGGCUUAUUGUCCGUUUCAUUCAGCGUCAAUUGAAUCGUUGGCAUUCUCUGGAACCCCGUUACUCAAACGCAAGAAGUUGUUCAUGGCUGCGGGUUCCAUGGAUGGAAAGAUUACUUUUUGGGAUAUAUGA